UCCUUCCUUCAGAACUCGCCCAUUUUGUUAAUAUCUUUAUUUUUCAUCAAGCAUGUCCCCAAUCAAGUCGCCUUUUCUCAAGGAGCCUCAGACUGUUGCAAUAAUCGGAUGUCCAUUCAGUGCUGGACAGCAAAGACUGGGUGUUGACAAGGGCCCCAUUCACUUGGUUGAGGCCGGGCUUACGGACCAGCUAGCUGAGCUAGGCUGGCGAGUUACCUUUGAUGGACACCAUCAGUUCGAAGAGCUCAGCGUGACAGAUGAUCCACCCAUCGGAAAACUGCGAAACCCCAGGUUUGUUUCGCGCGUCAAUGAAUCUGUAGCCAAAGUUGUCGGUGGGCACGCCGCUCGGGGCGAGUUACCACUGACCCUCGGUGGUGAUCAUUCGCUCGCUAUGGGUACGAUUUCCGGAACGUUGGGUACCUAUCCGAAUGCAUGCGUUAUCUGGAUUGACGCUCAUACUGACAUCAACACUCCGGAGACCACAGAUUCGGGUAACCUCCACGGUAUGCCCGUGUCCUUCCUCCUCGGCUUGGGAGCCAAGGUUCCCGAGUUCGGUUGGAUCAAGCCUCUGUUGAAGGCCGAGCGUUUGGUAUACAUCGGUUUGCGCGACAUUGAUGCCGGAGAGAAACGCAUCUUGAGAGAGAACAAGAUCAAGGCGUUCAGUAUGCACGAGGUGGAUAAGUAUGGUAUUGGGAAAGUUGUUGAGAUGGCAUUAGACCAUGUUAAUCCAAAUAGGGAUCUGCCGGUUCACCUCAGCUUCGAUAUAGAUGCUUUGGAUCCUUCGGUUGCCCCAUCUACUGGAACUCCGGUUCGUGGAGGACUUACCUUCAGAGAAGGACAUUACAUCUGUGAGGCUGUUUAUGAAACGGGACUGCUCGUUGCUCUGGAUUUGGUGGAGGUGAAUCCGCAUCUCGAGGACGAAUUUAGCGUGAACAAGACCGUGACAGUCGGUUGUUCCCUAGUCCGUGCAGCUCUUGGCGAGACGUUGCUGUGAUAAUAUCAUAGAUGUGGAGGUAGGCGCCCUACUACCAGCUACCAGCCUCUGGACCUUUAUUCGAAUGCAUGUAUCGGAGUAGCUAUCACGUUUGUUCACGAAUCCAUCAAAGCAUUCGUUUGUACGAGCUACUUAUCCAAAUGAUUAGUUAUUUUUGCGCCGCUCCACAGAUCAGUGUUCGCAUGAGCCCGAGGCG